AUGGCUGAACAGCGAGUCAAUGUUCAUAUACCGUCCCACCCCGCCGUCCUAGAUAGCGUGCGACUCCGUGACAUUGAGCUCCCUCUACCUGCCGCCCCAGAGGCAUGGCAUCGGCUUGGGAAGUCGCAGCCAUGCACUGCUUCUCUGAAAUUAUCUUACUCGUCGGCUGUUGCAUCUGCGAAUGCGGAUGAUGUGUCUCUUUCUAUCGACUAUGGGAAGCUUUACCGCCGGUUAGAAGAAGACAUUCGCACUAUGGGGCAGCAUGAGGAACAUCCAGGGAAACGGAUGAUUAGCUUGGAGGGCAGUCGACGAAAUUCGAUGAUGAAGAAUGAUGUUGGUCAGGAUGUACGACUGACGGCAGCCAUUGUUGCGAACUGCAGCCUAGGUUUACUCGAUGAGACUACGGCCGGGGUUAGGAGAAUGUCACACUUGCACAAUGCCGCAAGUCAAGCACCAGCCUCGACAUCCCCUAUUGACGGUAUUUUUGGUCGAUGUGAGGUUUGGCUACAUCUCCCCAAGGCUCUGCUGCGUGCCGAAGAAGGCUUGAAAUACCGCAGCGUCACAGUUUGGGGUUACAAGCAAGAGAACGAAGCUGCAGGCAACCUUCAGGACUCUGAACGGUGCCCUGUUGUUCUAGAAGAGGAGUUCCGUAUUGAGGGCAUAAGAUGCCAUUGUAUUCUUGGUGUCAAUUCCCAUGAGAGAGUUGAGAAGCAGGCCGUGAUCGUUUCGUUGGAGUUCAAGGGCCCGGGCCAGUUGGCAUGGGGAUCAACUGUGGUAGACACUUACCAAGCAAUGACUAGAGCUGUCGCAGAGCGCGUCGAAGAAACCUCAUUUCAAACCGUGGAGGCACUAGCGACUUUUGUCGCGCGCAUAGUGACAGUGGAGUUUGCCAACGAGCGCGUGACAGUUCGAGUAGAGAAGCCUAGCGCGUUGGCCUUUGUGGGAAGAUCAGGAAUAGAGAUCACCCGGUCCCAAUCAUUCUUUGAAAGAUCCGAGAUGGAUGGAGGGCGGGUAUAG